AUGACGGACGCCAAAGAUGAGAGCUUUGAUUUGCUCGAGUCAGUGUCUUCAGAUUCACUUUUACAUUUCAUCAAAGUUUUGAUCAGCACCCCAGAUAGUCGUGCUGAAUGCGCCGAUCCAUUAGAUAUAAUAGAGCCAACUCUAUCCGCAUACACAAGCACCGAUAUCCAACAGGCACUUUAUGUUCUUGUCAAAUCAGAUGGUCUGUUCACUGUGAAAGGUGAAUUGGUUGACGUGGUCUCCGCAGACACGGUGCUGAUGACCAUACUCUUGAAACAUUCUGGCAUUCUACGAACUGACGUUUCCUUGAGAUCUCAAAUUAACGUUAUUUCCACACCAAUGGAUGAGUCCUAUAACUCGAGGAGUAGCCAUUCUCCUAUUCUCGUCCGAGACCUUCUCACUCAUGUGGUGGCCCCAUACAUUGAUCGCCUUUCAUCUAAAGAUAGUGAGAGCAGCGCGUCGGGAUCCCUUACGCUUGCCAAAAAGAAGCUCAACGAGCUCAAUGCGUCCUUGAGCCAUAUUGAUCUGGAAAUCGAAGUACCCAAUUUGCUUGGCCAUGUGUCACCAGCUAUCAUGGAACUUCUACGUGAGCCUCAGAAUGAAGACGAGGUGAAAGAUACGACAACCCUUAAUGAGCUCACCCAAAUCGCCAACACAUGGAUUAGACAGGUACAAUCCAUUACCAAAAAAGCCAAAAGCCCCUCUGAUACUUGGUCAAUGGCAGAUGAGACACGUUUUUGGGUCUCCAUGGAGUCUGCCCUAAUGUCCUUACAUCAGCAAUUACAACAGCAAGAGGUAGAGAAUCUCUUACGCAUUUUGACUGCCUCAAAGCGCUAUCAGACAACGUUUGUUUUCCAGAAUAAUCUUCAGGUAACGGAAAAGCUACAAGAGGUAAGGCAAUACAACUCAUUCUUAAAAGAUUUAAGUCUUAACGAGCUCGUCACCUCAAAAGAUUCAAAAGACCCCAUUGCUGAAUUUGACUUCAACCUUUCUAAUAUCUUCAGUCAACUUAAAAAAUGGAAAACCCUGUCGUCCGUCUCACUACUAAGCAUCAUAGAGCUUACCGAGCUAGCUCUUUCGGACAUUUCUGUUCUGCUAGCCUCCAUGUUGUCCUCCCUCUCUAUUAUGGCUAUGCCACAGCAAGUAUUUGAAACGACCGUGAAUUCGAAAUUGAGAAGGGUUUUUCAAAACAUAGACGGUUUCAUCAAAAGCAUGACAAAUAUUUUAAGAGAAUUCAUGAGGAAAGGACUGGUGAAGUUUAUGGUGAUCAAAAUAGAGCAAAGCUGCAUUAAUCUGAUCGAACAAAGAGUGGAUGACUUGGUAAACCUCAAAUUUCAGCACCAUACAUUGGUGCAAGGUCUUUUGCAUUGUGCAGCCGACGAGACCCUCACCAACCAACUUCAUGAUGCUUACAACAAACACAUAAUUGCUGCAGAAUACUUUGAUCUCUCAAAAGAUGGCUUAUUGAUUUGGGCUGCUCAAGAGGACAGCUAUCUAGGGAUACACAAUAGAAUCUUGCAAAAUUUGGCCUCAUCUUUAAACAACAGGAUUGAUCAUUGUGCAUCAUACAGCGAUUAUGUGAGCUUUUUUGAUAACAUCUUUAAAGCUGGCACCGAUGCAAACAUUUUGAUACCACUUAUCGAAGACAACCACAAGAUCAAGUUUUUGACAGAAGCAUCGAAGUCAUUGCAGGGACUUUUGAUGAGUUCGAAGCACAACAUGCGGCUUGAGCCACUUCGAUUGCAAUCAAGAAUACCAUUGGACUCGGUAGAUACAAUAUUGCUCAUGGCAUCAUUGAAGUACAAUGUUGACAAUUUGAUACAAACAUUGAGUCGGUCUUUGGGCGAAACGUGGACAUUUUUUGCAGUUGGCUCUCAAAUUCAAGAUUUGGCCACCUCAUUGCGUGAGAAGUUUGAUGUCAUCAAGGUGUUCGAGAUAUGGUGCCAAUCUGUGAGAUCAGCUUUGACCGAAUUGAAUAGAGGGGAUAAUGUUUUGUGUCUCGAUGAGGAUUUGCAUUGUAACAAGAGAGUACCUAUUCUAAGUAUUCCUCAUCAAUUAGUCGAUUUCCCUCGAAGCAUCUCCAUCUUCAAAAAUGUCGGUCUCAAUAUACCUUCUGAUCUAGUUUUGGAAGCUUCACGGAUUAACAACGUGGCGUCAAUCGUUUCCACACUCAAUGAACAUAUCGAGGCCCUCACUCAGACCAUGAAUUCGGUCUGUGAGUUCCAUGGCUUAGAGUACAUUCUCGAAUCCCUCAAACAAGACGCUUUUCAUAAGUUGUUAGAGAUCAGCUCGCUCUCAUGGUCCGACUUAAGACUGGAUGCCAAUUUGUUGACUGAGGACACGGACUUUUCUAAAAUCGAUGUGACUUCAAUGAGGCUUGUUCAUCAAUUUCAAGAAUCAACACACAUAUUACUCGACCUACAAACAUGUGUUGAUAACUUUCGUAGAUUGAUGGAUGAGCAGUAUCUACCUGCCUUGAAGGCUUGUGAUUUUGAGAGUUUGGAAAUCCAAAAGUGUGUUGACCAGAUCGAUAAUGCAGCUGUCCCUCUUAUGCAGAAAGUCUCGGAUGCCAGCCCUUUCGAGGAGUCUUUGCGAUGUCUCUUGACAGAGGCUAUUGUUGCCAAACUUGAAAGUUGUCUUCAACAAUUCAGCGAUGGGCUUAAUGGAGAUGCAUCAUCUUUGUCUAAAUGGAAAACAUAUCAUGUUCUUCGCUAUGAGGGAGGCAACUUUAUUCUAGAGCCACCGCUUGCGUCUUCUAAAUACCUGUGGAUUCUUGAAGUGAACAACUUACAGACCAUUAUCGGAAAUAUCACCUUCAGGGACUCCAACGGGAGUCCUCAAAAAGUGAUCGCACGGUUCCCAGGAUCGACAAAAGAUUACCUUUGGCGAACUUUGAGCGAUAUAGAUGAUUUGUUUGAUUUGGUUGAUCAACGGAUGGAAGACUGGCACGAGCUAGGAGAAGCACUCAAGACUCUCUCGAAACUGGAUCCUUUUCAAAGCCUUGGUAUCAGAGAGUCUUUGGAUAAAGUCAGUUUGAUAAUUCGAUGCGGGAGUCAGUUGGAGAAUCCAAAGGGGUCGAUCACCUUGGGCGGUAUUCUUGAUAUUCUGUACUCCAUGGUGAGAAAUCAAUUGUUGGGCCAGUACGAAACAUUCAAGUCCCUGCUCCUUGAUAACUUCAUGCAAAAUGUUGCAGAACACAGCAGAGAUUUUCUCUCUUCGAUGCACGAUAUUGAGAGACUACUUGCUUUUGACCCGAAUUGGCAACAGCCUUUUGCGGCUAUAGUCAAAUAUGUUAUUAACUUGUUUUCUGCUGAAAAACUCGUGGCGGAAGGCUCGCAAACCAAGAGCCUAGUUGCUGAAUCUCAAAAGGUCUUGCUUCAAAACAAUAAGCAGCUUUCAGUAAUUUGGAUUUAUCCUGACCAUUUCGAAAACAAGUUAUCCAAUUUGCAGCAGCUCAUACACCUUAGGAAGCAAUUCGUUGAAGACAACCUCGACCGUUUCCAGGCAAGCUUAGCAACAGAAGUGAAGAGCUGCAAUGACAAAUUCGAGACAAUCACGAGCGACUGGUUCAAUAAGCGACCUAUUACUGCGUCCAUGGAGCCUGGACUUGCGUUGUCUGUCUUGACAAAGCUAACGAAAAAGUUGAAAGAUUUGGAAGAUUAUCAGCAACAGAUUUGCAUAGUUGCACAAAAAUUGCAAGUCACCACUCCCAACGCAUCGCUGAUGCAAUCUUUCCAAGAUGAAAUCAAUGAUUUAAUUGCUGUGUGGAGAGCACUUCAAGAAUUGUGGGAUUCCGUCGAUGAUAUAAAGGCCAUUCGUUGGGCAGAAGCCAACCCGAGAAAGGUGAGACAGCAGCUUGAGAGUCUCAUAUCUUCUACGAAGGGCCUUCCUGCUAUGGUUCGGCAUUAUUCUGCAUUUUCAGUCGUGAAGAACACAAUUGCUUCGUAUAUCAGUGAGCUAAAGAUGCUUUCAGACCUCAAAAGUGAUGCGCUCAAAUCCCGCCAUUGGAGAAAAAUUUUGGCGGUCGUUGGAUCCCCAGCAACGCUUCUGGUUGAAAAUUUGAAAUUAUCGCAGAUGUUUGAAUUAGAGCUUCGGUCGCAUGAAAGCUUCAUUAAAACAAUCGUCAGACAAGCUAAUGAUGAGCGCAUUAUCGAGGAGUCAUUAAAUAAGGUCGAGGAAGAGUUGUCUACUGUCGUUUUUGAGACGUUCGAUUUCCACGGAAAGUGCCGACUUGUCCGUAAUUGGGACAAACUCUUUGAUGUCUGUCAAGCGAACCUCAGUACCUUGUCGAGCAUGAAAAACCUGGUAUCAUACGGAGAGUUCGAGGAGAGAAGAUCAGCCCUUGAAGGACAACUAUAUGAGCUUGAGUCAAUUUUUGAUUCGUGGAUCGAAGUUCAAAAACAUUGGGCGUACCUCGACGGAGUCUUCAGUAACAACCCGGAUAUAAGGUCAUCAUUGCCUACUGAAUCAACACGUUUCAACAACCUUUCUUUUGAGUUCAUGGGCCUUCUCAAGCGGAUAAGCAAAAUGACAAUGGUAUUCGAGGUACUUUCCAUCAAAGAUUUGAAGAAUACUCUUCUGAAAAUCAAAGAAAGUUUGGAGCGGACGAAAAAAGGUUUGACCAACUAUCUUGAGAAGCAGCGUGAAUUGUUCCCAAGGUUUUACUUUUUGGGCAAUGAAGAUUUGUUAGAGCUUAUUGGUGGUGCUGGUGAUUUCCUGAGAAUCAACAAGCAUAUUAAACAGAUGUUCUUUGGAGUGGACUCGUUGACAAAAGACAACGAUACACAAUGUAUUGUUGAGGUCGUGAGCCCGGAAGGUGAAAAGUUGAAACUCGCCAACCCUUUAUCCAUUUUCAAGGUCCAUGAGCUACACGAGUUGCUCGGUCAAUUGGAGACUCAAAUAAGGCUUUCCGUUGCGCUCCUCAUCAUUAAGGCUGUCGAUGAGUUGGAAGCAGUUUUCCAAGGAUCCUAUGAUGUCAAGAAUCUUGCUGACAUUACACGCCAAUUCCCUGCCCAAGUGCUCGUUGUUGCUUUUAAUGUGAUGUUCACUAGAAUGGCUGAGAAGGCGAUCACAGAGAAUUCACCUCUAAGUACAUUGUACGAGGAGUUAUUGAGGGAUGUUGCCUCAUUUUCCAACUCGAGUUUAGCGUCACAUGAAGCAAAAAAAAUUGAGUCCUUGAUCAUUGAGCUCACACAUCAUCGAGAAAUUGCGAGAGAGCUUGAUUCAGCGCCUCAUUCCCAGCGAGGCUCCAUUUUGAAUCAAGUUCAAUGCUUCAAAUUGAAUUCUGAUGCAGCUUCUCCACUUGAAAGCCUCAAAGUCAGCCAGGGGCGCUUCGAAUUACCAUAUGGGUUUGAAUAUCAGGGCGUCAUCGAGAGACUCGCUGUUACUCCUCUUGUCGACAGGUGCUACUUGGCAUUGACUCUGGCCUUAGCCCAAGGAUUAGGUGGGUCUCCUUUUGGUCCAGCCGGAACAGGAAAAACAGAGAGCGUAAAGGCUCUAGGAUUCUCUCUUGGCCGAAUGGUGAAGGUUUUCAAUUGCGACGACUCCUUUGAUUACAAGUCUAUGGAGCGGAUUCUUCUCGGUCUUUCUAAGGUUGGAUGUUGGGGCUGUUUCGACGAGUUCAACAGACUCGACUCCGCAAACCUUAGUGCCCUCGCUUCACAAAUCGAAGGAAUACAACUGGGCCUCAACAACAGGUCGAAACAGGUAGCAAUUUCAGGAGCUUCCUUUUCGAUUCAUCCCAAUACUGGUUUGUUCGUGACAAUGAACCCUGGUUAUGCUGGCCGCAAUGAACUACCAGAAAAUAUGAAAAGACUCUUCAGAAGCUUUUCGAUGGAGAAACCUGAUUUAGAGUUGAUCAUCGAUGUCAUCCUCACCUCACAUAAAUUGGUUCACACCAAAGUCCUUUCGAAGAAAAUUGUCCAAUUUUUCAAGGGUUUGAGUGAAGCUGUUUCAGAUCAGAGACAUUAUGACUUUGGUUUGCGUGCAAUAAAAAGUAUCUUACGCAUGUGUGGCUCGAAACGAUUCACCAAGGAUUCAAGCGAUACCCAUAGUGUUCAUGAUGAUCCAGGACUCCUGAAUGAGCUUGAAAUCCUUAAGGCAAGCCUAGAAGAAUCAGUUCUACCAAAGUUGGUCCCACAAGAUGUCACAGUCUUUUACAACUUGAUGUCCAAAAUUUUCGAAGGUGUCAAGGUAAGAGGUUUUGAAUCUGAAAAUCUUCAUCGUUCCAUUGUGACAUCCGCAACUGAAGUUGGUCUCGAUUUCUCCGAUGAAGUGCUUCGCAAAUGCUCUCAGAUCGUUCAAAUACUGAAGACGCAUCAUGGAAUCAUUUUGGUAGGAGAGUCCGGGUCUGGAAAGUCGACAAUGCUCAGACAAGUUAUACAUGCUUUGUCUUUGUCAGAGGGUGUCACCCACAAGACACUUGUGCUCGACUGCAAAGUUUUAAGUAAGGAGCAAAUUUUUGGCUCUUUAGAUGCAAUCACUCGUGAAUGGACAGAUGGUAUUUUGACUAGUCAUCUUAGGGCAAUUAAUCAAAAUUUAAGGGGCGAGAAAUCUCAACGUCUGUGGGUUGUGUUUGAUGGAGAUAUUGACCCCCAGUGGGCAGAGAAUCUCAAUAGUGUGCUCGACGACAAUAAGAUUUUAACACUUCCGAACGGUGAAAGGCUUGAGCUUCCGGACAACGUGAGAAUAAUUUUUGAGGUCGAUAACUUAACUCACGCUACUCUAGCCACUAUCACUCGUUGCGGAAUGAUCUGGUUUGAUCGUUCUCUAAUCAAAGCUGACCUAAUUUGGAAAAAGUUUCUCUUCAAGCUACGUCAAAACAGCAUUGAUGGGCAGACUUCACAAGACUUGGAGGGAUUUGAGAUGGAGAAAAUUCAAUUUCAGCAAAAUGUUGCUGAAAUAGCUUGCACACUAGGCGAGGAGGUCUUUGACCAAGUCUAUCAGAUCUCUCUCAACUUUGACCAUAUCAUGCAGCAUAGCUCUCAAAGAGCUCUCAAUUCAUUCUUCACAUUUUUUGAAACCCAAAUUUCAAAACUUGUAACCUUCAAAAUUGAGAAUCCAGCGCACACAUGGGAUUCACUCAACAAAUUUGUCAUGAGCGCAAUCUUUCAUUCUUUGGUUUGGGGCUAUUCAGGCGAUAGCCCAGUCGAGCAAAGGAACGCCUUUGCCUCUCAACUUGCUUCUAUGGAUUUGUUCGAGCUGCUUGCUGUGCCAGAGAACAUAACGGAGUAUUUUAUCUCACCAGUCGAUUUCGAAUGGUCUCCAUGGCUGCAACAUAUCGAUUCCGUCGAACUUGAACCACAGCAUGUCAUGGAUACCAAUACUAUUGUUCCAACAGUUGAUAUACUUGUUCAUGAAGAUAUCAUCAAUUCGCUCAUGAACAAGCAUACUCCUCUUCUAUUGUGUGGACCGCCUGGCUCCGGUAAGACCAUGACAUUCUUACAAGCUCUCAGAAACCUGCCUAGUCUAGAUUUGAUCUCACUCAACUUCUCGAAGGACACUACACCAGAGAGCUUGAUAAGCCUGCUCGAGCAGCACUGCCGCUACAAGCGGUCAAACGAGGGGUUAACACUUUCCCCCAAUGUCAGUGGUAAAUGGACUGUUGUUUUCUGCGACGAGAUUAAUCUCCCUUCAAUGGAUGAGUACGGCUCUCAAAGAGUCAUCGCCUUGAUUCGUCUCAUGGUUGAACGCCUAGGCUUUUGGAGCUCUCGUCACAAGGCAUGGGUCACUCUAGAAAACAUUCAAUUUGUUGGUGCAUGCAAUGAUCCAAACGAUCCUGGUAGACAUCAGUUAGCGGAGAGAUUCUUGCGUCAUGUCUGCGUGGUCAUGGUCGACUAUCCAGGCAAAAACUCCAUGGCGCAGAUCUACGAGAGUUUUAAUCAUGCUACAUUGAAGUGUGCUCCUGAUCUCCGUGGUUUCGGGAAACCUUUAACUUCAGCUAUGUUGGACGUAUACUUCGGGAGCAAAGAAAAGCUCACCCGUGCCAUUCGAAGUCAUUAUGUCUAUUCUCCUCGUGAACUCACAAGAUGGUGUCGAGGCAUAUUGGAAACUGUUAUUCAGAGCACUUACGACGACCUUCCAGGAGAGAAGUUGUGCUUCCUUAUAGAUGAAUCGAGCUUACUCGAGACCGCCUUUAUCGAGCGGAUGAACACUUUACUUGCAAACUCAGAAGUACCAGGCUUAUUUGAAGGUGAUGAUUACACAUCGCUCAUGAAAGAAUGCGCAAUUGAGUCUACAGCGCAGGGACUCUUGUUGGAUAGCGAAGAUGAGCUUUACACCUGGUUCACCGAACAAGUGAGCACCAAUUUACAUGUGGUCUUUACACUCAGCGAUGUUGGCCAUGGAGAUAAAAUGCAAGUGAAUUCGUCUCCUGCUCUCUUCAACAGAUGCGUUCUCAACUGGAUGGGUGAUUGGACGCAAAGGUCACUUGAGGAGAUCGCUAACGUAAAGCUCCAGGAUAUUGCAUUAGACAGCUCCACUUACAAACCACCAUCGGAUGAUGAAACAGUUGACCAGACCCUUCGUGGUGCAAUGAUUAGUGUAUGCGUGUCAAUUCAUCUAUCUAAUGACGCCUAUCCGAAUCAGUUCAUGAGAUUCUUGCAACUUGCAAUCGAUUUGUACAAUCAGAAAGACAGCGAACUAAAUGUCAACCAAAGGCAUAUUUUAGUUGGGUUAGAUAAGCUUCGUGAAACUGUGCUUGAAGUGACUGAGAUGAAGCAGGUUCUUUCGAAGAAGCAGGAAAGCUUGCACGCUAAGGAGAUUGAUGCAAAGAAUAUGUUGGACAAGAUGAUCGUCAAUCAAAACGAAGCGGAGAGGAAGCGUGAAUUCUCGGUGGCCACUCAGGAGGAACUUGGAAAGAACGAGAGUCAGAUAAAUAAGAGACGCGAGGUUGUGAUGCAAGAGCUCGAGCUUGCAGAGCCUGCUGUGCUUGAGGCUCAGCGAGGCGUUCAAAACAUCAAGAAGCAACAUUUGACCGAGAUGAGGAGUAUGUCGAACCCACCAGCUGCUGUCAAAAUGGCCAUGGAAUCUGUGUGCAUCCUUUUGGGCUAUGAUGUGAAGACUUGGAGAGAUGUGCAACUCGUGGUUAGAAAGGACGACUUCAUUACCAGUAUCGUUUCCUAUGACAGCGAGACACAGCUUACUCCAGAAGCAAGCGAGUAUAUGGAGAGAACAUACUUGAGUCGGUCUGAUUUUAAUUUUGAAACUGUCAACCGUGCUAGUAAAGCUUGUGGUCCUUUGUUGCAAUGGGUAAUUGCUCAAUUGAGAUAUUAUUCGAUUUUGGAGAAGGUGAUGCCACUCAAGGAAGAAGUGGCAUAUCUCCAGGGUGCAGCUAAAAAGUCCAAGGCCCAAUUAAUUGCAAUUGCCGAUAUGAUCAGAGAGCUCGAGGAGAAAAUUGUGGAAUACAAGACCAGUUACAGUGACAUCAUUCGUGAAGCUGAGAGAUUGAAAGUCGAGAUGGAAACAAUUCAGAGGAAAGUUUCACGAAGCGAGGAGUUGAUCCAGAAUCUCACAAGUGAAAGAAGAAGGUGGGAGCUGAAUAUCAAAGUUUGUGACGAGGAAAGACUGCGGAUCGCAGGAAAUAGCAUUCUAUCUGCUGCUUUUGCUACUUAUAGUGGUCGUUACGAGCAUUCAAAGAGGGAUGCUCUUUUGAUGGAUUGGAAACAGAGUCUCACGAAGCUUCACAUACCAUUCGACAAAUAUCAUUCCCCCAUUACGAAUUUGGCAACUUCGGAGCAGGUCGCAGACUGGAUGCAUAGAGGUCUUCCCAAGGAUGAAUUAUAUGAGCAGAAUUUUGCCAUCAAGGAGUGGGCAGACUUCGUACUCGUCACUAACCCUGUGGAAGAUGUUCUCAAAGCAUUGACCUUCUCAACAUCGGCAAAGAGUGUGGAGCGAACAAGCUUUCUUGAUGCGUCGUUUAUGAGGGAUACUGAGAAUGCCAUGAGAUUUGGCGGAACGAUUUUGAUAUCUCAUGCUGAGCUUUACGAUCCGGUUAUGGAUCCGAUAAUCAGAAAGGAAAUUUCUCACAUUGGAGGACGAAGAUUAAUUCAAUUGGAAAAUAGAGAAGUUGAUAUUCUGCCCGAAUUCAAAUUGAUUCUCGUCUCGAAUGAUCCGUCGGCUUCUAUUCCAUCAUCAUUCUUGUCAAGAGUUAAUGUCCUCAGCUUCAUGACUACUACAAGCAAUGUUCAGAGGCAAACAUUGAACUUGUGUCUCAAACGAGUUCAACCUGACCUCUACCAGAAACACGAGGAGAGUACUUUACUUCAAGGCGAUUAUCUAGCCAGAGGCCAUGCCCUUCGUCAGAAACUUCUUGACACGCUCAAUAAUGUGGCCGGAACGAUUUUAGAUAAUGACGAGGCCACAGAGGCGCUUCUGAGUAUACAAUCCCAAUCACUGGAACUUGACAAGAAGUUUGGCGAGUUGAAUGGAACGAUGAUGGAAGUUGAAAAGGUGAGAGGUGCAUACCUUGAAAUUGCUGAGCAUUUGGGCAAGGUCCACCAGAUACUUUCCGUCCUAUCAUCUAGGUCCAAGAUAUACAACUUCCUGUUCAAUACGCUUGUUGCCAUACUACAGACCAUACUUGACUGUCAAGAUAAGACCGAAAACCUAGUGGCUUUGAGGCUACAGUUCUACUGCGACGUUUAUGCAAUUGUUGCUCCCGCCUUGAGAAACAUGGACAGGGUCUCUCUAGCUUUGGCUUUGGUUGCCGGUUACUUUGAAGUGAGUGAAGGAAGCAUUGCAUCCCAAGGCAUACUAGCAAUUAUUGGAAUGGUAGGCACAAACCCCACAAGUGCCAAACUUGCAGAGUCAAUGAAGGAGUAUUUUUCGUUGGACAUCGGUGAUGACUCAAAGACCGACCAAUGGGAUGAUAUUCUAAAGGAAGCGGAUAGCCCUGCUGUUGCGUCGAUUCGCCCAUUGGUAUUGAAGCUUAUUGGUUCAGAAUUGACAUGGUUUGAUGCAAUGGAAACAGCAACAAAAUCAGUAUUUGGUACACCAUUGAGUCAAACGAAGACGUUAGGAUUGUCUGACUGGAAGGAAUUCCAGAAAUCAAUCUUUUUGAUUGCAGAGUCUGACCAUAUUGAUCUGACGCCUCAAAUUGAACGUCAAGCAAUUGAACAUAACUACAAUUUGAAAGUUAUUGCAAUGGGUACCGCAGAUGGUUUGAAUACCGCUUACAAGGAAGUCGAGAAAGCUUUGAUAUCUGGCUCGUGGGUUGUGCUUCAGAACGUGCAGUUGAGUGGAACCUGGCUCAAUGAAUUGGAUCAAUUGCUCGACAAGCGUAAAGCUCAUGACAAUUUCGCCCUCUUCAUGACUUGCCUGUUAUCAGCAACGAAUAUCCCGUCUGCUUUGUUAUCUAAAGCGAAUGUCUUGACGCACGAGGAGACCCCCACCUUCAAAGCCAUUCUACUUGAAAGCUUUAGCUAUCUCUGGAAACAGCAAAUUUGUCUCCUUCCUGCCGCAAAGACCAUUUCUUUCUUAGUUUGUUGGUACCAUGCGGUGAUCCAAGAGAACCUCAAGUUUGCGCCAAACGCAUUUGCAAAGAAGUAUGACAUCAGCGAUGUUGACCUCAAUUCUGCAGCCUUGUAUUUAAGGAAGAUUUUCGGUUCUCUUGACGGUAAGAGCGUCAUUCGAACAGAGGAAUUGCCUUGGGAUGAGAUUCUGUCAAUUUUAGGGCGAGUCUUAUACGGUGGUAAAGUGUCUAUCGAAAAGGAUGCCGCUUUUUGCAAGGAGUUUGCAAUGGAACUUUUCAAUCCUAGAUGCUGCGAUGAUGACUACUACUUGCCCCACACCCAAUUGAAGAUUCCCUUCGGUGAUGAAUAUGAGGUAUACGCGAAGUGGAUCGAAGACUUACCUGAUAACAUUCCCCAUGAGUGGAUUGGGCUUGACAGUGGUGCUAUGGCAGAGACUUUGGCCAACGAAGCUGCCUUGAUCUGUAAAAAUGUGAUCACGAUCACCAAAUAA